CUAAUACUUGUUUUAAAUAAAUCUUAUUGAUUUUCUAUAAAAUAUGUUAUUAGCACUAUUCAAAGAAAUAUUUAUUUAAAUCUAGUAUUUUUUUUCUCAGUGUGGCAUUUUGUGCGUUUCCUGCCAUUUAGAGGUGCUAAAUAGAAUUAAAGUUUACAUAUAAAUUUAAACCUAUAUUGAUUCUCCAGAAUUUAGAGAUGUGAGAAAAUUCAGCCCAAAAGUAGAUCUAAAAAUUUCGACUCAGGUUCCGUUAUAUAAACCUGCAUUUUUUGUGUUUUGUUACAAAUAUUAUUUUAUGAAAAAGUCCUCAAAAUUUUGUCGAAAUUUCAUCAAAGUUUUAUCGAAAAGUCGUCAAAAUUUUAUCGACAAGUCAUCGAAAUAUAAUCGACAUCAUCAAAAUUUUAUCGAAAAGUUGUCAAAAUUUUAUCGACAGGCCAUCAAAUUUUGAUCGAAAGUUAAUAAAAUUUGAUCGAAAAGUCAUCGAUAAUCAUCGAAAAAGUCAUCGGAACCGUGACCAUAAUCCAAUUGAAAUCGAUGAGUAUUUCAAUUAGUUUUCGAUGAACAAUUUCGACGUCAAAUCAACGUCGAAUUGAUGAUUCAUUUCUCACUAGAAAUGUCCAGUAAUGUAUGUUUUUAAAACAUUUGUAUUACGUUCAUAAGACAUUUAGACAAAAUAAAAACCGAAAUCGGAUGUCUAUUAGAUGUUGUGUGCUGUCUGAGAAAAAAUUUUAAAUAUCAAAAAUGCUAUUUUUGCAUAUUAAAUUUUAAUUAUUUUGAAAAUUUGACGUGCUGGAACAAUGUUAAAAUAACCUAUUUCUCCGUCGUUUGUUGGAAUAUGUUAGAGUUGACGAAGUCAAAACGUUCAUUCUUGUUCCUCAUAAUGUUAAGUUGUUUUAGGUCAAUCUUAAGAUCAUUGAACCUUCUUAAUUACAGGUUGAAAUGCAAUAUGAUGCUAUGUAAACGCACGGCGAACGAUGUUGCAAUUGUUUAAAUAUUCGCAUCUCAACGGGAUUCUAGAAUCCCACCUUUUUAAAAUUACUUUUUUAAUUAUUUUGGGCACUAAAAUCUGAAUUCUUUUUCUGUUUAGAAUAUUAUCUCAUCAAUAUCUUUAUUAACACUUUAUUAAAGUGCAUUUUCAUAAUUUAUUUAUAAAAUUGUUUAUGUUAUUAAUUAAUUAACCAAAAAAUUCCUUUUCUACAGGAAAAAUUUAUGUCGGAACAAACAUUACGUAAUAUUAAUGUGAUAAUUGUAAUCUAGGGAUUUUUGAAGUUGUUGAUUACAAAUCUGACAUCAAAUUUUAAAAUUAAAAAUGGUGGAUCUAACAUGGCGGACCAAAAUAUUUUAAUUUAAUUUAUUUGAGUAAAUAUAGGAGUUUUUAGAGUUGUCGAUUACAAAUCUGACAUUAAAAUGUUAAAAUUUUUAAUGACGAAUUCAACAUGGCGAAUAAAAUAAGAGAAAUUACGGAUUUGAUUUUAGCACCAAAUUUGCAAAAAGAAGCAUGCAAUUUUCUUUGAGUUUUGCAAGUUUCACACAAUGUUCGCGGAAUUAUUUCCAAAUAAAAAAUUUACUCUAAAAUCACAUAAUUUUAUUUAUUACGGCACUAUUUUCCAAUUUUCUGGAUCUAUUUGUAAUUUAAGCACUAUUCGAUUUGAGGUAAAGCAUAAAAAAAAAAAAAAAGACUAAUGCUACAACAUCCAGAAAAAAUAUUACUCUAAAGUAAAAAUACUUUAUACAUUGAAAAACAAACUAAGUUUUUGCUACAGAUUAAAGACUCAAAAAGACUUAGGGCCGUAUUCUGAACUCACAUUUAUCAAUAAUUGCACCUCUAAAUGUGCCAAUCACAAUAAGAUGUCACAUUUAGAGGUAAAUUUAGCGAUAAAUGUAAGCUCAGAAUACGGACCUUAGACUUCAAUAAUAUAAUUUAUAUGGUAAUAGUAAAUAUAUUGAACAUGUUUCUCUUUGCCAUAAUUAUACAUUAUUUAAAUUUAUUUUAUCGUCUAAUUUCAAUAAUGUUUGUUUAAUAAUAAAAUGUAUCGAAAUCCAAGGUCAGACUUAAAGACAGAUAUUGUAAUUGGCUGUAAUUAUAAUGACUUAUCACCCGUUUUUUUGUUUGAUCAAAUAUAUUCUGCAAAAUGAAAAAUUAUGUAAUUCAUCAAGUUUUAUCAACAUCAAACUUUGAUACACACCUCCAUGCGUAUAUUGUGCAAAAAUCUGUAUAAAAUAAAUGUAUAAUUAUUGGGGAUUUACUUUCUCAUUUUCCAGUUAUACUUAUUUUUCUAGAAAAAUGUUUUGCACAACAUAAAUUGUAUGCAACGUUAAGACAUGCAUCGUGAACUUUUUUAAAAACCUGUUAUAAACAAUUAAAAACUUUACGUACAUAAUAUAAUUCGUAUGCUUAAAAAGAGAUACUUGUUCUUCUUACAAAUAUUUAUUAGGUGUUAAUACUUAAAUAUUUGAUUUUGUUUUUCCAUGUAUUAAGUUAGAUAUUUAAGAUUAAACUUGCUGUUCCAGGUUAUGUUAGAAAACUUCUUAUUUUUCAAUAAAAAGUAGACGAUACCCAAACAGCACAAUAUGCAAAGUUAUCAUUGAUACUUUACUCGGGGCAUAAUAGGUAUUAAAAAUGUCUUUUAGACAUCUUGUUUUGGCUAUAAAAAUAUUAUUGAAAGUCAUAUUUGGAACAUCUUCUUUCUGCAUAUCGAAGAUAAAACUAUUUUUUGCCUCCUUCCCCCUUCCAGUAAACAUAAAUCUAAGCAGUGUCCUUGGAGACAAUUGCAAUGUGUGGUAAUUUCUCUCUACCUUUUCGCUGAUAUGCGCUACCCCCUCUCUUUGCCCAUAUCUAUGUAACAGAAAUCUAAACAACGUGCAAAACUGCUGGGAGAUAGGAAUUGCUCUAUAUAAGUAAGUUACGUGUAAUAAUUCGUCUUGGCAGUAUCGCUAGUGCUCUUUAGUCAAUCGCAUUUUAAGAAACAUUUACUAAGAAAUUGUUGAAAAAGAUUUUCAAGCCUUUGCUAUGGAAUAUUGGACGAUAUUGUUAUCAAUAAUAUUCAGUGUGUUCAGCAUUUAUUAUCUUUUUAUAAACUUUAAUGUAUUUAAAAGACAUAAUAUUAUACAUAUACCAUCUGUUCCAAUAUUUGGCUCCAUGAUACCGAUCGUAUUUCGUCAAGAAUCACUCGAUGAUUUCUUCAUGAAAAUAUACAAUUUCAAUCCGGAUGCAAAGUAUAUUGGAUUCCACGUUUUAACGGUUCCAACCUUUUUACUUCGUGAUCUGAAACUCGUUAAGUCCAUCCUAAUUAAAAAUUUCAAGGCAUUUCCAGAUCGUGGUAAUUUCUCUGAGUUUAAAGAUCCUUUAUUUGAAAAAAAUUUGUUUUCUCUUCAUGGAGAAGAGUGGCGAAAUGUGAGAACUUUGUUGAGCCCAUCUUUCACGCCCAGUAAAAUAAAAAUGAUGUUCACGUUAAUGUCGGAAUGUGCUGAAGAUUUUGUUAAAUUUCUGUUGACAUUGCCUAAGGAUAAAGGUGAGACGGACAUGAAAGAUGCCUUUUCUAAAUAUACGAUUGACGUCAUCGCCACAUGUACUUUUGGAAUUAAAAUUGACUCUACAAGAGAUCCAACGAAUAAGUUUUACGUUUAUGGCAAGGAAUCGACUAACUUCUUGAGGGGUCGCUCCUUAAAGUUUGUUUUCCUUCAAUCUUUCCCAAAUCUCGGACGAUUUCUCAAUAUAAAACUCAUAAAUGAUUGUAUAACAAAAUUCUUUAAAAACAUUGUAAAAACUAUAAUCGCUACUCGUGAUGCGGAGCACAUCACACGCCCGGAUAUGCUGCAGUUAAUGAUGGACAUCAAAGGCAAGGAAGGCUGUAGAGAAUUGAACAUCGACGAUAUGGCUGCGCAAGUGUUCGCUUUUUUCUUCAAUAGCUUCGAAGGCAUCUCAAAAGCAAUGUCCUUUGCAGCUCACGAGAUCGCCGCUAACCCAGAAGUUCAAACUAAAUUGCAGCAAGAGAUCGAUAAAGUUUUGGAGAAAUCAAACGGAAAAGUGUCUUACGAAUCUAUUAAUCGACUCAAGUAUUUAGAUGCGGUGAUUAGUGAGACCCUCAGAUUAUAUCCAUCAGUCCCUUUUAUAGAAAGGGUAUGUGACGAAUCUUAUGAAUUGCCACCUGUAUUGCCAGGCGAAAAACCAUUUGUCAUGAAAAAGGGUUUUGGGAAGUUCCACUACACGCUGUUGACCAUUUGCGGCCUGAUUUACAUGGACACAGCGAUCGGGGUGACAAUACUCUCGUUCGUACUUCCAGCGGCACAAUGCGACCUCGAGAUGGACUCCACUGCGAAAGGUUGGCUGGCCGCCUCUCCGAUGCUAGGUAUGUUAAUUGGAUCGUAUAUAUGGGGAUGCCUGGCUGACACGAAGGGCAGAAAGAUUGUGUUAAUCACCACACUGCUGAUGGACGGCAUCGUGGGCAUCUUGUCUUCGUUUGUACAAUACUUUUGGGUGUUCAUAAUCUUCCGGUUCUUCAAUGGCUUCGCUAUAUCAGGUGCUCUGGGCACCUGUUUUCCGUAUCUUGGCGAAUUUCAGCCUACGAAAUUCCGUGAACGUUAUCUCUGCUGGAUGGACAUAUUCUGGGUGAUCGGAGUGAUAGGUUUGCCGCUGAUCGCCUGGCUGAUCAUCCCCAUGGACCUCACUAUCGUGAGCGAGACGUUCUACUUUAAGUCUUGGAAUCUCUUCGUCGCGCUCUGCGCUCUGCCGUCGCUCAUGCUUGGUCUGUGGCUGUUCGCCUUCCCUGAGAGCCCGAAGUUCCUGCUGGAGUGCGGCGAAACCGACGCCGCCCUCGAGGUGUUCAAGUGGAUUUACUCGCGGAACACCGGCGCCGAUCCGGAAACCUAUCCGGUGAAAUGCCUACAAGAGAAGGCAAAGAAUCAGGAUAAAAACACCAGAGCGCUGAAGCUUCACAAGCGGAAGGAUCUAAAGGUUCUAUUCGUGGAAAUACGUGAUCUAACGAACGCGCUCUGCAAACCACCCUAUUUGCGGAACACCGUGCUCGUCUGCGCCAUUCAUUUCGGACUCACCAGCAGCUAUUACACUCUGAUGAUCUGGUUUCCGGAAUUAUUCACCAGAUUCGAGCAAUUCGAGCAAGUGAACCCGGGGGAGACCACGUCGAUGUGCAUAGUGUCCGCCCUGCCAGACAACACAACCUUUUUUUACCCUUACGGAUGCGACAAGAUAAUCGCAUCUUCUGUUUAUCUGCACACCGUGUACAUUGGCCUCGCGUGUAUCCCCGGCUCAAUCAUCCUACCCCUUUUUGUGCACAAGUUGGGCGCAAAGUUCUUCUUGAUCGUGUCGCUGAUGGUCUCCGGCGCGGUGUUGGUCGGCUUCUACUAUGUGGUGAACUCAAUGCAAAAUCUGGUGCUCUCGUGCGUGUUCGAGGCCCUCACGUCCAUCGGAAUCUCUCUAGCCUACUGCGUGAUCGUCGACAUGUUUCCGACGAAUCUCAGGUGAGCGAAUUACAAUUUGAAUUUCUCAAGAACGUUUUGCUCUACACCAUUU